AGCAGCUUGAGCCACUCCCCUUUCGUAUCAAAUCCCGAAACGAAAGGUUUUCAUUUCAUCAUCAUUAUCAUUCUUGUAUUGUAUUUUUCUUGCAUUGAACUUUACCACCAGAGUUUUUUCACUCUGUAAAAUUCAAUAAUCUUUUCUUCCGAUAUGCUGCGGAAUGUGGUCGGUUUGGUGACAGGAGGUGCCUCCGGACUUGGACGUGCCACUGUCGAGAGGUUCGUCCGCGAAGGUGGCAAGGUCGUCCUCUGCGACUUGUCCACCUCCAAGGGCGAGGAAGUCGCAAAGUCAUUGGGAGAAAAUGUCGUUUUUUCUGCGACUGAUGUGACCUCUGAGAAAGACGUUUUGAAAGCUUUGGACAUUUGCAAGGAAAAGUUUGGACGUUUGGAUGCAGCAAUCAAUUGCGCCGGACUCGGAGUCGCUUUUAAAACGUACAAUUUCAAGAAAGAUCAGGCCCACUCGCUUGAAGACUUUUUGCGCAUUCUGACUGUGAACACCGGUGGUACUUUCAAUGUCAUUCGACUUGCUGUCGGUCUAAUCGGCAAAAAUGAGCCGGACGCCAGCAACUUGCGUGGCGUCGUCGUCAACACGGCCAGUGUUGCCGCCUUUGACGGACAAAUUGGCCAGGCCGCUUAUUCCGCCAGCAAAGGUGGCAUCGUAGGCAUGACCUUGCCCAUUGCCCGCGACCUUGCCAGCCAAGGAAUCAGGGUGUGCACCAUUGCACCCGGUCUCUUCGACACGCCGCUUUUGCAAUCAUUGCCGGAAAAAGUUCGCACUUAUCUUGCAAACACGGUACCCUGUCCGUCUCGGCUCGGAAAUCCGGACGAAUUUGCCAUGCUGGUGGAAUCCAUUAUAAGGAACCCUAUGCUCAACGGAGAGGUCAUCAGACUUGAUGGGGCCCUCAGAAUGCAGCCGUAAUUAAAAAAAAAUGUUGAUAGUCUUUCUUGGCUUUUUGAUCUGAUUGGAAUGCCAUGCAUUUUUAUUAGAUGCACACAGCAGCUGCUACUGAAAAGAUAUUUUUGUAAAAAAAACUUCCAUGCUUUAUAGUUAUGUUUUAAUAAAAAAUUGUUAUUGUGCCAUAA